CUUGGCUAUUGCCUCCAAGAGAUUUUUUUUUUUUUUAAGUCUUCUCUUGCACAUGGAAAUAGGAGCUUGCUUUUCCCAUCCUAUCUAAAAUCCUCAGGAUUCAGUUGGGCAUGCAAAGAACUGGCUUUCUGACAGAGGCUGGGCAAUUUUUGUAGUCAGCUUUCUCCAAUACAGGUUGUAUUCCCAGAUUUUUUUUUUUUUAAAUAAUCUCGUUUGUUUGUUUUUUCCUACGUUACCCCAUGAUUUAAUUGCAGGCUAAUGCUGGACAAUGGCAGCCAAAAGCAAACCAGUAAUGCAGAGUGGAAGCCCCAAGCAAAGCAGUGUGUUACAGAGAGUUCUGCAGUUCCCUGUGGUGAAUUCAGCCCUCACCCAUCUCCAGAGGACAUAUGCCAGUGCCAAAGAGAUUCACCCCUUGAUGGCAUCAAUGUGUGCCACCGGUGAGCGGGCUCUCCAGAACGCCAGCUCCUUGGCUUUGUGGAGUGUGAAGCCUGUGGUACAUAAGCUGCAGCCUCAAUUUGCGGCAGCCAAUGUUUUGGCUUGUCAAGGUUUGGAACAUUUGGAGAAAAAGAUACCCAUUCUUCAGAAACCGGUGGAGGAAGCUACUUCUGAUUUGAAGGACACCAUUCUAGCUCACCUUCAGUACUUGGUAUGUUCUGUCAUGGACAUCCUGGACAAAGUCUUAGGACUGAAUGCUGAAAAUAAUGAGCAAUCCAAGAACAGCCUGAGGGUCAAGACAGAGAAUGCAAAGAGGAGUCAAGAGAACCAGGUGGCCAAAACCUCUGCAGUCGGCAAGCUGGAGAAGGUGGUGGAUUGGACAACAGAGCCCAAUUCAGUCUACAAGUCUCCAGCAGGAUGUGUAUCAGAAAAGAUGCCUCCACCCAGCACCUUUGGAAGCAUUAAAUCCUUAGCCGUUGCCGUUUCCCAGCUUGCUUUCAGACAGACAUGCCAAGCCAUCCAGGUUACUAAGGACAAAGGAGUGAAACUGGCUAUGUGCAUCUCAUAUUUGUUCACCUUCCCGAGGCUUGUGAUGAAAGAAGAGGAAACAAUGGGGGCGGUUCCGCCAGAAUCUUGCCAAGAACCAGAUGGGGUCCAGCUUGUUACUCCUGAGAGCAAGAAGCUGCAAGAAAGACGAUCCAGUCGGGGUCAUUAUCCUCUUCCAUUCCUCAGUCUUGAUGAGCCCCUCACCCUUCAGGAAAGCCCACCCUUGGAAGCUGAACCUACUAUGGCUCGGAAGUCUGCUUUCUCCCCUUACAAGGAGGGAUCCAGCAGCAGGAGGUGGAGUGAGGGGCUGUUCCGUCCUAGCCUGCAAGCCACCUACAUAAGGGCCCACUUUGCAGGACUCUAUAGCGCUGCCAUCAAGAAAGACUAAGCUAGUGAGUGGGUUUGCUCACUAUGCUAAACUAGGAUUUGUUAAGUAUGAAUUGC